AUGAGCCCCAUCUCCCUUUUCUCUCUCCACGACGACGUCCUUCUCGCGAUAUUCUCCCUCCUGGGCUGUAAAGAUGCGCUCGCGACUUCUUCAACCUCCAGGCACGCAGACCUUGAAGUGGACGAGCAGGACGCCUCCGAAGCCCGCGCACUUUCGCGGUACAUGCGCGCACCAGAGCCGUUUUACCAACUCCCCCGCGUCCAGCACCUCCGCCAUUUCACCCUCCACUACUUUUGUGACGUCGAUGUUCCUCCUCUGCGCAAACGUCUCAGCCAGACCUCCAACCUCCGCACCAUUGACAUCCACAACUUCGAGUUCUUCACAGAGACAGACCGGGUCAUCGUAAAAGCUAUCGGUGUCAUGCACAAGCUCGAGCAAGCAAGCCUCAUAGAUGUCGGCCCUGAGACGGUGUCUUCUCUGUCAGAGAUGCUGUCGAGUCGGCACUUGACCUCAUUGACUCUUGAAAUCGACGAGGUGUCCUUCAGGCCUGGUGGCAUCGCCCUCGAGGACCUCGUGUCUGGCCUCGCCUCCAUGCAGAGCUUAGGGCCUGUUCGGUAA